AUGUCAGAAGAAAAAAACGUCAGUUCUCUGAUUGGUCUCCUACACAAUAACGCACCACCGUCAACACCAGUUGUUAAAAAGAUUGCCGCAGGUCCAAUCAUUUCUCGCAAAUUCACGCAAAAACCACAAAUUCCAGAUAAUUACCUUUCUAUAGCAAAUGCAUUCCUUUUAACACCUGAUAUGACAGGCCCAAGGGAAUCUCCUAUUCAGAAUGAUUCCCCAGAACAAGUUUCUGAUAAAGGUGAUGUUGAAGUAGUUCAAGAAACUCGUUGCAUAUGUGGCCUUACUCACGGAUCUUCGGUGCAGAUCCAAUGCGAUUCUUGCCAGAAAUGGCUUCAUGAAGAUUGUGUUCAUCUGAAAAAUUCUAAGGAAGCAGAUCCAUUUAUUUGCAUUUACUGCCAAUAUGAAAUUGCAAAAGCUGUCAAGGCAUAUGUUCGUCAACGUCUUGCUUCAUUAUUACCAAAAGCUCAACAACUCGAAAUUGAAAUGCAAAAUGGCCGCAUUACACAGUACAUGCCAAUUUGGAAUGAACUAAGUGAUAUUGUCGCAGAUAUUCAGGAAGUAUUAAAGUUAAUUCCAGAACUUUUGCGAUCAGAAGAUGAUAAAAAUACCAUUUAG